ACUCCACACUCCACACUCGUGUCCACUGACCACUGUCCUUCCCAAAAACCCUCGUCCAUGGCGACCGCGGCACCGCCGCCCGAGGAGUUCGCCCGCGACGCCAUGGCCUACGUAGCCGAGGAGGAGGAGGAGGACCCUGAGGAGGUGGAGCCGUGGGUUUCCUCCGACUCGGAGCCGGACGAGCACCCGGCGCUCGAGCCGCGGGACCCUUCCCCCAACUCGGAGCCGCAGCCGCCGCCGCCUGCACCGACGAAUUCGGCGUCCGAGGUGGCGGAGGAGGGGCAGAAGGCGGCGCCUUGGCCUGGGUUCCCCGGCGCGAGCGUGUUCCGGCUGGUCGUGGCCGGGGACAAGGUGGGCGGCCUCAUCGGCCGCCGGGGCGAGAUCGUCAAGCGCCUCUGCGAGGAGACCCGCGCCCGCGUCCGCGUCCUCGACGCCACGGACGGCGUCUCCAGCCGGAUUGUCUUGAUAUCCGCAACAGAAGAAACACAAGCAGAACUGGCACCUGCUAUGGAUGCUGCAGUUAGGAUCUUCAAACAUGUAAAUGAUAUAGAAGGGAUCAAUCCUGAUGUCACAUUAUCUGCUUCUGCACCAGAAAUUUGUUGUGCUAGAUUAAUGGUUCCUAAAGCACAAGCGGUGCACUUAAUUGGCAAGCAAGGAACCAUGAUCAAGUUAAUUCAAGAAACUACUGGUGCUACCAUGAGGAUUAUAGAUCAAGACGACCUUUUGAGUAACCAGAUGGUGGUUGAAAGAAUUGUGGAGAUACGUGGUGCUUCCCUCAAGGUCCUCAAUGCCCUAAAAUCAGUACUUGGACUUCUCCGGAAGUUCCUAGUUGAUCAUAGCGUCCUUCAUCUAUUUGAAAGAAAGAACCAAGCAGAAACCGAGGUGCAGGAUAGUUCUAAAGAAAAUCAGGUUACCAAUGGUUAUGCUCCUCCAGUGAACCAGGACCUUUUGUUAUCCUACAGUCGAAGUCCUCUUAACCCGAAUGGCAGCAGAUAUUUGUCAUACGGACAUGACCCAUCUGUUUGUGACCCAUAUUCACCAGAUAUCAGACGCCCAACUGUCUCCAUAAUAUCGAAGAUUACGCAAACGAUGCAGAUCCCUUUGCUGCAAGCUGAAGAGAUAAUUGGUGUCAGGGGACAGACCGUUGCUCAUAUACGUUCUGUCAGUGGAGCGGUGGUUGUCCUCGAGGAAACUGGAAAUUAUCUGGAUGAGGUUCUAGUUUCGAUCGAAGGCACUUCUUCACAAGUUGAGACCGCGCAUCAACUCAUACAGGUCCUACUGCGCGACGGAAAAGUUCUAGCACCCAGGAGCAGCGGCUACGGCAACCCUGACGCUGGCCCGGUCAGGCCGCCGUUCGCCCCGUGUGGCGCUCCAGUGAGCCCGGAGUACGCCCCGCCUCUGUACCGCGAGUACCAGUCAUCGUCCGGCAGCGUCCGCCACUGCUACUCUGCUGCAUACCACGGGUACAGGCUGUAGCACGCGGAGCCGAGCGACUGACCGCGCGCCUAUCCUCCUCAUCGCCGCGCCUAACCUAACGAUCACCACCCGGACCAUGCCUGAUUGAGGGGAAAUUGAAUGGAACGGCUUUGCCGCGACGAUUGAUCCGACACUACACUAGGCCCCAGCAGUUACUUACUUGCCUAUGGUACUCGUCUGCAUAUUCGCCUUUGUCUGAAGAAAGUAGAGGGGGUAUUUGCUGCUGGUUCUGAAGAUUGGGGCACCUGAUCGUUUUGGGGAUGUGAUAGUUUCCAUGCCGGCUUGUGAUGGAAAUGCUGUAGAUGUUUUA